AGGGACCCCUAAAAUACAUCAUUUCACCAGGAUAAAUGUUUACUUUGGAGCCUCAUUCACUCCCAGUUUUAGUGUGUGCGUGUGUGUGUGAGAGACGAAUCUCCCAGAAUCUCAAAAAAACUAUAUUGGACUGUCGAUAAGAUUAUUAUAUCUGUGUGUGUGUGUAUGUAUGUUUGUGCGUGGGUGUGCACGUGUGUUUGUGUGUGUAAAAUGCAGACAGCCGUCUCCCUCCUCGCGACACAGGUGACAUUUUUAAAGCUGAAAUCAAUCAACGUGGAUAAAAGAGUUGAGGACCUUUACAAUUGUUGAGCAACAAUGCAAACACUAUUGACCCACAUGAGCCUUAAUCCGUUUCUAGUUGCUCUACAAUUUAGUAUUGCCCAAUGUGAUCAUUUUUUAAAUGUUUUUUUGUACUGUUAAAAAUUUUUUGGGGGGGACUCUCCCUUUUUGUCCCACCAAGUGGUUCGAUCCAUUAAGUUAAAUCAAGCGCAGGUGAGUAGUCAGGUGUAGGUCAGUAAUUGUCCUGCUCCUUUUGAUGUAGGUUUUUUUUUUUGGGUUGUCGUCCUCAACCACAACACCGCAUCUGACAUAAACUCAUUAAAAAUGGGGGAGAGAUUGCAGGGUCCCAAAAGUUACGUCUGCUCGUUUCUUGACUGUAAAGCCAAGUUCACCAAGUCGUGGAAGCUCGAGGCCCACCUGUGCAAACACACAGGAUUGAAACCGUUCUCCUGUGAAAGCUGCGAGAAGUGUUUCUGCACCCGCUAUGAGCUCACCAGGCACGAGCUCAACCACAGCGGCGAGAAGCGGCACAAGUGUCCGACAGAUGACUGCUCUGAGGCCUUUGUGCGACAUACCAGCUUGAAAAAGCACAUCGCUCGAGUACACCAGCACAAGGACGGCCGAUACCAAUGUAUGCAUCAGGACUGCCACAGUAGCUUCACAAAGAAGUACCAGCUGAAAGCCCACAUGGGGAAACACCAAGGUCUUCUGCCUUUUUGUUGUCAUAUCGACGGCUGUGCGAGGGAAUUCCCCUCGCUGGGCAAGCUGAAGCACCAUGAAAACAUGCAUAAAGGUUACCCCUGUGAGGAUGAGCUGUGCCCUUUCGUGGGAAAGAUGUGGUCAGAGUACCAGACGCACCGCAAGGAGCACAGAGUUAAGCUGCUGUGCCUGAUGUGUAAGAAGCAGUUCAACAAUGCCUGGUUCCUGCGGCAACAUGAGCUGCACCGCCACACGGGGGUAAAACUGAGUUUCCCGUGCCCAAAACAAGGGUGCGCCAAGACAUUUACGCGUCGGUUCAACCUGGACAGCCACGUGCUGGGAGAGCAUGAGGGGACGAAGCCCUUCAGCUGCGCGUACCCUGGCUGCACCAAAAGCUUUGCCAUGAAGGAAAGUCUGUGGAGGCACGGAGUGGCGCAUGAUCCACUCAAGAAAAAGCUGAAGAAACUGCGCCCCAGGAAGAUUCAGCCCUGGAGUGCAGCACAGGCCAAGCUGCAGGCUGCUGAGACCAACAAGCUUGCUGCCAAGCUGUGCAAAACUCAUUUAGAAGACCCGAAAUCUUGAGGCUGUUUAUAAUUGGAUUGUUUUUUUUUUUUUUUGCUUUUUUGUUUUUUAUUGGGGGUUUGCAAAUGGUCAAACGUGAAUUUCUGUU